AAAACAUUGAAACAUUCCUCAAAAAAAUAAAAAUAAAUAAUGAAACAAUCAUAAAAUAAAAAUCCCAAAGACGAAACCUGUGCGAGCCUUUCUUGCUUCCCGGAGACGGGAGAGGUUUUAUCAGUUAUCGCAGGGUUUUACCAAAACCUAACGAUGGCUCAGUCUUCCCGGUCCUCCGCUACGAGGCUUCUAUACUCAAUCUGCUGUUCAUCCACAAAAGAAGCUCUGUUGAAUCCUAAAUGCCCAGUGCUGACUCCCAUUGCAGCACUUUUUGGCAGGUUCCAGCUCGGCCGCCACUUCUCCGCCGGCAGCGCUGCCGCCACGCGGUUGAAGGAAGAGAAGGACGCAUUAUGGAAAGAUUCACUGGAGAGGGUUCGGAACAUCGGAAUUUCGGCCCAUAUUGACUCCGGGAAGACCACCCUCACGGAGCGGGUGCUUUUUUACACGGGUCGGAUCCAUGAGAUUCAUGAGGUCAGAGGCAAAGAUGGAGUUGGAGCUAAGAUGGAUUCUAUGGAUCUGGAAAGGGAAAAGGGGAUUACAAUUCAAUCUGCUGCCACGUACUGUACGUGGGCUGGCUACCAGGUGAACAUAAUUGAUACUCCUGGUCACGUCGAUUUCACCAUUGAAGUUGAGAGGGCUUUGCGUGUUCUUGAUGGUGCCAUUCUUGUACUCUGUAGCGUUGGUGGUGUGCAGAGUCAGUCAAUAACUGUUGAUCGGCAAAUGAGAAGAUAUGAGGUUCCAAGACUUGCUUUUAUCAAUAAACUUGACCGAAUGGGGGCCGACCCAUGGAAAGUUCUCAAUCAGGCAAGGUCCAAGCUUCGCCAUCAUGCUGCUGCAGUGCAAGUUCCUAUUGGUUUAGAAGAUGACUUCAAUGGUCUUAUUGACCUUGUGUAUAUGAAAGCUUACUACUUCCAUGGUCCUAGUGGAGAGGAGGUUGUCACAGAAGACAUUCCUUCAGAUAUGGAAUCAUUUGCUGCUGACAAGAGGCGUGAGCUCAUUGAAGUUGUCUCUGAGGUUGAUGAGAAGCUUGCGGAGUCAUUUUUGAAUGAUGAACCUAUAUCAAAUAACGACCUAGAGGAGGCAAUCCGUAGGGCGACAGUAGCGCGUGAAUUCGUCCCUGUAUUUAUGGGCAGUGCUUUCAAGAAUAAGGGUGUUCAACCUCUUCUUGACGGCGUUAUUAAAUAUCUCCCUUACCCUGUCGAAGUCGGUAACUAUGCUCUUGAUCAAAACAAUAAUGAAGAGAAGGUUAUGCUAACAGGAAGUCCAGCUGGUCCUCUUGUUGCCUUGGCUUUCAAAUUAGAAGAAGGACGAUUUGGUCAGCUAACGUAUUUAAGAAUUUAUGAAGGUGUAAUUAGGAAGGGUGACUUCAUAAUCAAUGUCAAUACAGGAAAGAAGAUCAAGGUUCCUCGCUUGGUACGAAUGCAUUCAAAUGAGAUGGAGGACAUUCAAGAAGCACAUGCUGGACAAAUAGUUGCUGUAUUUGGUGUAGAUUGUGCAACAGGGGAUACUUUCACAGACGGAUCUGUAAGAUACACCAUGACUUCUAUGAAUGUACCUGAACCAGUGAUGUCUUUAGCAGUUUCACCUAUUUCUAAAGAUUCUGGAGGACAAUUCUCAAAAGCUCUAAAUCGCUUCCAGAAAGAGGACCCAACUUUCCGAGUAGGCCUAGAUCCCGAGAGUGGCCAGACAAUUAUUUCUGGAAUGGGUGAACUGCAUCUGGAUAUAUAUGUUGAGCGUAUCCGAAGAGAAUACAAGGUUGAAGCAACAGUUGGAAAACCUCGAGUAAACUUCAGAGAAACUAUCACCCAACGUGCUGAGUUUGAUUAUUUACACAAGAAACAAAGUGGAGGACAAGGUCAAUAUGGCAGAGUAACUGGCUAUGUGGAGCCACUUGAACCUGGGUGCUCAUCAAAGUUUGAAUUUGAUAAUAUUAUAGUGGGACAAGCUAUACCAUCAAACUUUGUCCCUGCAAUUGAGAAGGGCUUUAAGGAAGCCGCUAACUCGGGUUCGUUGAUUGGUCAUCCAGUAGAGAAUAUUCGUGUUGUCUUGACAGACGGUGCUUCACAUGCUGUUGAUUCCAGUGAACUUGCAUUCAAACUUGCAGCAAUUUAUGCCUUUAGACAGUGUUAUUCAGCAGCACGGCCCGUCAUACUGGAACCUGUGAUGCUUGUUGAAAUAAAAGCACCAACAGAAUUCCAGGGCUCUGUCACUGGUGAUAUUAACAAGAGGAAAGGUGUCAUUGUUGGUAAUGACCAGGAAGGAGAUGAUUCUGUGAUUACUGCUCAUGUUCCUCUCAAUAAUAUGUUCGGAUACUCAACCUCUCUUCGGUCAAUGACACAGGGUAAAGGGGAGUUCACGAUGGAGUACAAAGAACAUUCAGCAGUUUCUCAUGACGUCCAAACACAAUUGGUUAACACAUACAAGGCGGCCAAGGGAACUGAAUAGAGUUCAUCUUUCAUUCUUUGAUCAAAACCGUGAUUUCUUUGAUGUAAAUUGUGGGUGUGUGACAUGUGAUAGUUGAGAUCAAAGCGUGUUAGGAACAUUCAGCAGUUCGUUAUAAUGAUCAUGAAUAAUUUUUUUUAUUUAUUACAUAUGCCCUUUUUGUCAAAUGCUGCCACUGUCACAAAUGCCCACUGGCUAAUGAAGUCUGGUUUUAUCAUUAGUGCCGAUGCCCGAGUUCAGUGUUCAUUGAAACCUAAUCUUAAAUCUUGAUGGCUUGAACCUGCCCCCUAAGGCAUGGAAAGACUCCAAGCUAAUCUGAGGUGGUGUACAAUCCCAUGGUAUCUCUAGAAGGCCUAUGCUACUCAGGAUGACUGAUGUGGCCAGAUUUCUGCAAACAGAAUCAUUAAUUAUAUCAGAAUAUCAGAUGGUCAUAUGUUCCAUUGGUCUCUGUGACUUGCUCUGGAUAUGCAAAUCUCAUAUACUACUUGGACUUAGGUAACCUAGGGUUAGACUUGGUUUGGUUCUGGUUUUAGACUGGCUGGUUCCGUGUACAAUAACAGAGCCUGUAAAUGGGCCCGGAAAUAACAGGUAUUUUUCAAUUUCAAUCAUGGGCUCCUUUUUAUUGAAGAAAUAGUUGGCUGAUAAUUAGAUAUAGAGUUGGUUUGGUUUAGUUUGGUUUGGUUUGGUUUGUUGCUACUAAAAAAGCAGUGAGCUGAGCUAAAAAGAAGUUGCAAUAGUCCAAGAGUCAUCUCCUGGUCCAAACAUGACUCUUGUUUGAAGUCAACUAGAUUUUCACUCGUGCGAUGUACAAAAUAAUAGAGUAAAAAAAAUUAAUAUGUAUUUUGAUUAAUAGUUUUUGCAAGUUGUUUAAGU